AUGUCGAGUCUUGAAGAUUUAAUACCUGUUGUUAAUAAACUUCAGGAUGUUAUGUACGAUGCCGGAAUUGAUAACUUAGACCUACCUGUCCUAGCGGUGAUAGGUUCCCAGUCAUCUGGUAAGUCGUCUAUAUUGGAGACGCUAGUUGGUAGGGACUUUUUGCCACGUGGUACCGGUAUCGUUACCAGAAGGCCAUUGGUUCUUCAACUAAACAAUAUCGAUCCGGACUCUCCAUUGGUUCAUAACCAUAAUAACUCGUCGUCAACAUCUCUAGAUGGGGUUAAUGGUGGAUCAGAAUCUCAUGAAGAAAGGGAAUUAACAUUGGAAGAUCACUUGAGAAAGAAUACUAAUUACAAACCAGAAGUUAAGAACGAGUGGGGAGAAUUCUUACAUAUUCCAGGUCGUCGCUUCUAUGACUUCUCAGAGAUUAGAAGGGAAAUUGAAAACGAGACCGCCAGAAUUGCAGGUAAAGAGAAGGGCAUUAGCAGAAUUCCUAUUAACUUGAAGAUUUAUUCUCCUCAUGUUUUGAAUUUAACGUUAGUCGAUUUGCCGGGAAUUACUAAAGUUCCAAUAGGUGAACAACCUCCAGAUAUUGAAAAACAGAUUGAGAAUCUGAUCUUAGAAUACGUUGCGAAACCCAACUGUAUCAUAUUAGCUAUUUCUCCAGCUAAUGUGGACCUUGUUAACUCUGAAUCUUUGAAACUAGCAAGGGAGAUUGAUCCUCAUGGUAAAAGGACUAUUGGUGUUAUUACUAAAUUGGAUUUGAUGGAUCAGGGAACAAAUGCGUUAGACAUUCUAUCUGGUAAACUUUAUCCUUUGAAACUAGGAUUUGUAGGUGUUGUGAAUAGGUCUCAGCAGGAUAUUCAGCAAAACAAGAGUGUCGAAGAAGCAUUAAAUUCGGAGGAGGAGUUCUUUGCCAAGCAUCCAGUUUACAGAACAAUUUCUACUAGAUGUGGUACCAGAUACUUGGCUAAACUGCUAAACCAAGUGCUUAUGAACCACAUUAGAGAAAAACUUCCAGAUAUUAAAGCUAGGUUAAAUACUCUAGUGGGGCAAACUGAACAAGAGCUAGCUAGGUAUGGGGAUAACAAAAUAAUCACUCAAGAAAACAGAGCUGGUCUUGUCUUGCAACUAAUGAACAAAUUUGCAACGAAAUUUAUUUCCUCAAUUGACGGUACUUCAUCAGAGAUAAGCACCAAAGAGCUUUGUGGUGGUGCUAGAAUAUACUAUAUUUAUAACACUCUCUUUGGAAAGUCUUUGAACUUUAUUAAUCCAACUUCUAACUUGUCCAUGAACGACAUUAGAACGGCAAUCAGAAAUUCUACUGGUCCUAGACCAUCAUUGUUUGUUCCAGAAUUAGCAUUUGACUUGCUAGUUAAACCUCAAAUCAAACUGUUAUUGGAUCCUUCCCAACGUUGUGUGGAAUUGGUUUAUGAAGAAUUGAUGAAGAUCUGUCAUAAUUGUGGAUCACCAGAAUUAGCAAGGUACCCAAAGCUACAAAGUAAAUUGAUUGAAGUGGUAAGUGAGUUGCUAAGAGAACGUUUAGGCCCUACCCGCUCGUACGUUGAAAGUUUAAUUGAUAUUCAUAAGGCAUACAUUAACACCAACCAUCCAAACUUCCCUAGCGCAACGGAAGCAAUGGCUGAAAUAGUUGAAGCAAGGAAGAAUAGAAAAUUGGCAGAUAAAAGACAGAAGCAGAGAGAGGCAGAGAACCAAAUGCUGUUAGAAUCUCAACAGAAGGCGCAACAGGCUGCUAGAAAUCCAGAUGUUGCGGAUGAUAACGAUCAAGAUUUGAAAGUUGACUCUGAUUCUACUGCUACCAGUGAAAAUGAUUCCGAUGAAGAUGUCGAUAUGAAACAUUCAAAAGACUCGUUUUUGAAUUAUUUCUUCGGUAAAGAUCAAAAAAACAACUCAUCUAAAUCGACUACAAAACAGGACUAUAAUAAUAAGGAUUCAUUUGGAUUGGAGGGUCUCCAAAUUCAAGACUUCAAAGGCAAUGAUGCAGGAAAUGAAGAAGCCAAUACUGAUUCAGAUGUCGGAUUUACUGAACGUGAAGAAUUGGAAUGUGAAUUAAUUAGAAGGUUGAUUGUCUCUUAUUUCUCUAUUGUUAGGGAAAUGAUUGAAGAUCAAGUUCCUAAGGCCGUCAUGUGCUUAUUGGUUAACUAUUCCAAAGAGUCGGUUCAAAACAGGCUAGUUACUAAACUUUACAAGGAACAACUGUUCGAUGAAUUAUUGAUGGAAGACCAAACAUUAGCUCAAGAUCGUGAAAAAUGUGUUAAACUCUUGGAAACGUAUCAAAAGGCAUCUAGCAUUAUUGGUGAUAUUCUUUAA